AUGGCAGAGCUGGAUUUCCCUUCUUCAUUGACAAAUUCUGAGAGAGCGUUCAUACAUCGGCUUACUCAGUCCCUGGGUUACGUCUCAAAAAGCAGAGGGAAAGGCUCCGGUCGAUAUCUUACGGUGAGGAAGAAGGACGGGACGGAGGCGUCUCGCUCCAUCAUGACCUGUAACCUCUCUCACAACUCCAAACACAUGGUGCAGAGCCUCCUGCAGAGGUUCCCCAUCACCAAUAAAGAGCGCAGUGAGCUGCAGCCGCGCACAGAGAGAGCCGUCUUCACUUCUCCUGACGCCAGCGCUUAG